CGUCACGCGGAUGACAGCGUCAAUCACGUCGAGGAGCCUCUGCGCCCGGCCGAAGCGCAACUGCCAGAAGAUCAACACGACACCGACACACACCAACUCGAUCAUCCUCGAUCACCAAUGGACGACCCACUAAGCGGCGGCGCCUUUGCACACAGCGGCUUCUCUGUAGAUCCCUAUUCUCAAGGGACGUACGUGGAAACGAACGGCCAACCAGCGAUGUCUGGACCCCACCUUGUGACGCAGGGUGCAGCUCCCGCGCCUGAUCUCGAGAACGACAAACGCACGAUCUAUCGACACCCGCUCUUUCCACUUCUCCUCAUGCUCUUCGAGAAGUGCGAGCUGGCGACGCAGACGACCGAGUGUCCGUCGGCUCGCAGCAUCGACAUGGACAUCCGAGCGUUUGUCUCUCAGAUGCAGCACCAGGGGAAGGCCCUGCUUGCCGACGAGCCGGAAAUCGACAGUCUGAUCGUCAAGGCAGUCGAGGUUCUGCGGAUGCAUCUUCUCGAGCUCGAGAAGGUCGGCGAUUUGUGUAAGGAUUUCUGCCAGAGAUACAUCGCGUGUCUGAAGGGCAAAAUGCAGAGCGACAAUAUUCUCAAGGCCGUUCCCGAUCAGGCGUUCGCGACACCUCCAGAACAGCCCACACCACCUGGAGCUGCAUUCGGUGCCUCCGCUCGGGGACUUCCCCCCGCACGUGACGUCGGCAUGGCAUCGUCUCAAGGGGCACUGUCGUCGUUGUCGGCACAGCUGGGAGACUCCCAAGGGAUUCUCUCAUUCGAGCAGCAAGGGACAUCGUCGUCGGCCGACUCCACGCCGUCUACCUCUACUUCCGGUCAAGCCGGAAGUCUAUCUGCUGCGGGAGACAUCCAACACGUCGGUUUGUCGAGAAAGGGUCGACGACGAGGAGUGUUGCCAAAGAAUGCAACCAGCGUGCUAAGAAGCUGGCUAUUCCAGCAUCUAGUGCAUCCCUACCCAACGGAAGAUGAGAAGAGACAGCUGGCUGUCCAAACUCAACUCACUAUACUACAAGUCAACAACUGGUUUAUCAAUGCGCGUCGGAGAAUUCUUCAGCCAAUGCUUGAUAAUACAGCCGGCAAUGGAAAUUCGAGAAAAUCUCCUGCUACUCGAUAUCCGCCUCACAUGUGGCUGUCUUCAAUUUCGGAUGUUCAACCAACCGUGUCGAGUCCUUGUUUCGAUGGAGACGAUAUGGGAGCAGCCGGUGUACCUGUCCUAGCAGCUAUGCCUCUCAACUCCGAACCUUUGCUACAUCCAGUUACCGACAUGUCAAUGAGAGGAAAUUUCCACUCCCUGCCACCGGCUCCUCACACUCCUAUCGACCAGAGUGUGCCAAAUUUCAUGCCUGAAUCUCCACUACCGGAUGCGGCCGGGUUUCCUAUAGCUCCUAACAGUAUGAUGAGGACUUCAUGUGAAAUGUCGUAUUCGAAUCAUGGUGUGACUAUGAAGCCAUCAUCCACGUCUGUUGAUGGUCACUACAACAUGAUGAACACGGUCCCGUUGCAGCAUCCUCCUAAUGACCACGAUGAUUCUCAGUGUGGAUAUCAGUACAGAGAAGAGAGUUCCGUAGAACGCGAGUAUCGUUCACCAAUACGACUGAUGCCGACUCCUCGGCCACGCGACAAGCAACCCGGUCGUAUGUUGAAUGCGGUGCCUCAGGAGGCUCGAGGCGGUGCAGUCAGCCAAGCUGCUAUAAAUUAAUAAAAUAC